GGAGUGCGUUCCGCAGGUACGAAAUGAUUGAGAGGGUGGGAGGAGGAGGGUUUUGUAGAAGAGAUUGUCUUGACCAAUGGGGACUCGAUCUGGGAAGGGGCAAAGAAGGAGCGCCCCUCGUCUCUCCUCUCCCCACGUCACCUUCUUGGCUCAGCCCGGGCCUGGGAUGUGGCGUCUUUGCUGCCCCUUACCCAGACCUCGUCACCUGGAGGCCAAGCCCAGCCCUUCCCGUGCCGGAGCCCUAGAGCGGAUGUACGGCUACUAAAUUUUGAGGUAAAGAGACUAACACAGAGGUAUGGCAGUAAAUCGGCAAAAUCUAACUCCAGAUGAUAUUGAGAAUAAAGAAUAUAUUGUGGAUAGGAAAGAUAAACUUAUUGAAGAAUGUGAAGAAUUGUGGAAACAGAUGGAAAAAUGUCAGCAGGAGAUAGCACUGGCUGGAGGUGAAAGACUUAAUCAUUCGGAUGCUCAGCUAACAUUAUUAAUGAUGCGUGUAAAGAGUCUAACAGCAGAAUGCAAUCAAUGGCUGGAAAGAACUCCUGACAUAAUCCCAUUGAACCCAGAAAGUCUCGUAGUACUAGGAAAAGAUGAGUUGCAGAAAUUAGACCAUAAUCUUGAAAUACUGCUGUCCACGAUUCAGUCAAAGAACCAGAAACUAAAGGAAGACUUAACAAGAGAGCAAGAAUGGUUGAAUGAGCAAGAACAUCUAGUAACAUCUCUCAGCAAAAAAUGUAAGGAACGAAAAAAUCAAGUGAUACCAUUUUCUGAGCAAAGGACUUUUUUUGAAAUGAAUACUAAAAUGACUAAAAUACAAAGCCAAAGAGAGAAACUGUUGAACUCUCUGGGUGAGUUUCUAGACAAGCACUUUCCUCCCCCUGAAGAAAAUGGAAAUAAGAGAAAAAGAGAGUGUAAGCCAACUGCACAACUAAAGACAUUGCGUGAAAUUUUAGAGGUUCUUAUAAAUAGCUUACUUCGGUCUCCAUAUAAUCCAUAUGUAAAAAUUGAUGAUUCCUAUUGGCCACCUUAUAUUGAGCUGCUGCUGCGUAAUGGAAUUGCACUUAGACAUCAAGAUGAUCCAAACCAAAUUCGAUUAGAAGCGUUUCAUCAGUAAAAAUGAUGUGAUUUCUGAGCCUUGAUACUUAGAAUCCUUGAUACUCAAGCAUAAUGGAAGCCUGAAUAUUCACUUGGAUGAAUGAAGAACAUUAUUUGAAUACUGAAGUUUAACUUUCAAUUUGUUGCUGAUUUCCUAAUUAGAUAUUCCUUUCUCAUUUAGUCAGUAUUGCUAUAUUGUAAGCUUUUUAUGGCACCUUUUCUUUAGCAUUUUGUUUCAUCUGUAUCUCAAUUUGGAUGCUUUAGAGAGUUUUGAUGUGUAGGUGAUAAUAAGACACACAUUGAAGUUGUAUUGGUGCCUUAGUUUAAAGUUAAUAGAUUUUUUACAAAGUUAACUGUAGAAUUAUUUUCACAAGUAACAACUUAUAUGUAGACUUAUUGAAAAUUGGAAUCUUAAGUGUUAAAAAUUGGAUAAAGCUGUUAGAUAAUGCCUAAGAAUGUAUCUUUAAAUACUAUAAUAUUAUUAUAUUAAAUUAAAUUUUGUAAUUCUCUUUAUUGUAAAUUUAGACCAUAUGACUAUACUUUAAAAAGUAAUCAGUGAAUUACUUCACUCCAGAAAUUGUCUUUAGAAUAUUUAUUUUAAAAUUUUUUACAUUUUCUUUCAAUUAACAGAAAUUUAUCUUUUCUCCCUUGUUCUUUCUCUCUCUUCUAAUGGGGAAAACAAAAACAAAAUCCCUUGUAACCAAUAGUCAAACAAAACAAAUUUCCACCUUAGUUCUAUCAAAAAAUGUUUUUUUCAUUCAUCAUCUUGCUUUCAUCACUUCUUUGUGAGGAGGUGACAUGCUUUGGAAGUGAUAAAUUAUUGAAUUAAUCAUGUUUUUCAAAGUGAUUUUUCUUAUGUUGUUAUUACAAAAAAAUAAUUCUUGUGGUUUGGCUCA